GUUUCAGCCUUGAUGACGCCAUUCCACAUUGUCCUUCUUUUCGUAAUUGGGCUCCCAUCGAUUGAAGGCAAACCUCCGGACCUUUCGAAGAGGGUCGUUCAUGCUGUGAAUUGUGGUGGCUAUCGCCACGUAGGCGCCUAUGGCAUCGCUUACCAAGAAGAUCGGAAUCCUGUUGGUGUAGUAUCCGACUACGGUGCUCGCUACACUUUUCCAAAUGUACCGAUAGAGGAUAGGAAGCUCUAUGAGACGGAGCGUUACCAUAAUGGAGAUCUCACGUACGUAUUCGACAUUGCAAAGGAUGGCGAAUACGUGAUUGUGUUGAAGUUUUCCGAAGUCUACUUUCAGUCUGUUGGACAAAAGGUUUGGUUUUCUGUAUUCUCUAACCCACUUGGCAGUCGGGUAAAUCAGACGGGGACGGGCCCAGUAUCUUCCCGGUUAAAAAAACUAGUCCAAACUUCUUCCAAAUCCGGUUCAGCUUCAAUUUCGUCACCUAGAAAGGAAGAGUAA